AUGAGGGGAUUGGUGAACAACGGAUUGGUGUGCGCAACAAAUAGCGUUCUCCAGUGCCUCUACGCCACUCAGGAGUAUAGAGAUACACUGUCUCACGAAAAAUACAACACCAACAACGGAACUGUGCCGGGAGAAUUGCAUCGUUUGUUCCGUGCACUAGCCAACCAAACAUCAGACUCAGCGUGCGAUUCGAUGCCAUGUGUCAUUGCAUUGGUUACAUGUAUGUACGCUACACCGCAAGUCGGCGUAAUGGACGACGCCGACACCGUGUUUAAGUGCUCCUUAGUCGCGUUAGCCGACGCCGGUGAUCCGGCGUGCAAAGAACUAUCCGAACUUUGGAUGAUAAAAAAGAAAGAAAAGUUCACGUGUUCCCAAUGUAAAACCGAACGCGUUAUGAAUACUGUGGCCAGCGAUAUAACCGUUAACCCAACGCAAGAGCCUUUAACGUGUCUACAAGAGUAUAUGAACACGUACUCUGAAUCCUACACUGUGACAGAUUGUUAUUGCAACGUAUGUAAGCGAGACACUGAGUUGAGCGUAGUCACGACAUUUGUCGAAUUACCGAGACUACUGUGCGUUAAGAUUGCAAGGGUGCGUACAAGUACACGAGAUAAGAGUGUUACCGUAUACAGAAAUACAGCCAAUGUAAGAUUCGCAGCGCGGUUGUGUUGCAAUAACCUGCUGGCCAAUGCACAAUAUGAAUUGUAUGCGGUAGUACUACACACAGGUGAUCCUGUAACCGGUCACUAUUCGGCCAUUGUGAAAUCAGAUCAGACGUGGAUGUACGUCUCUGAUAGUUUUGUGAGACCUAUGGGCAUGCACUUUUCCUUCGAUAAAAUUGGCACCACAGCGUACAUGGUACUCUACAGACGCACGCCACAAUGA